AUGGCGUCUCUUCGUCAGUCGGCCUCGGUCGCUUCCGCCGUGUGCAAGCAGACUGGUACUCCCCGCUUCGCCCAGUCCGUCGCUUCCAUUCAGACAUGUAGUCGAUUCUCUUCAUUAUCUUCUUCCCCUUACCUUCACUCCUCAUACCGUCCGACCUCCUCUCAAAUCUCUAUUCCCGCCCGCCAGACUCGCACGUUCUUGACACAACUUCGCCGUGAAGCGCAAGCUCUCAAGGAACAGCCAAUCUCACCCUCCGCACCCUUGCCCAAGUCUGGCAAGCAACCGAAGCCGACUUUGUCCCUAACAAACCUCCCUUACUUUGUUCGCCGGACUGGAUCCAACCAGCUGCCUGUCUACCUCGUCACAAAAGCCGGUGGCACCAAGCAGCUCACCAAGAUCCAGAAGACCGAGGGUGAUUUGGAUGCGUUGCGCAGUGAUUUGGCACUUACCCUGGGUGUCGACACUCGGAGCCCCGAUGUUUCGAUCAACCGUCUUACCGGUCACAUAAUCGUGAAGGGCUGGCGGAAACCCGAGAUUGUCAAGUUCCUCCAGGAGCGCAACUUUUAA